CCAUCUUGAAAUUCUUAAUAAUUUUAAAAUGUUUCAUUUUGCAAUGAACCCCCAAAUGAUGCAGCGGGUCCUGGGUGGGACAGGCAGGCGGUGCUAAUGUGGCCUCUGCUGUCCUCUUGGCCUCACAUGAUCCCUCAGACUCCCUCCUCUGUCCUGACACCCCCACCUCACCCCACCCCCACGAUCCUCCAGAGAGGCAGCUCCACGUGCUGCUGGAGGCAGCGCCAGGAAUCCUUCUUCUGAAUCCCUUGGCUUCAGAGGACAAAAAUGGGUUUUCUUGUUCCCGAAACAGAUCACUGAGCUGAAAAGGAACCUUAUGCCAGGAGAUAUCUGUUGAAUGAGGAGUGAACCCUAGCUGGAGGCUACUCUUGUGCCAAUGACUUUUCCCAACUCCUCCAGCGUCUCGGAAGACACGAUGAAUGACAGGAACAAGACCGCCACGGCUGACCCCCAGCUGAUGCCCCUGGUGGUGGUCCUGAGCGCCGUCUCCUUGGUCACAGUGGGACUCAACCUGCUGGUCCUGUACGCUGUGCGGAGCGAGCGGAAGCUGCACACGGUGGGGAACCUGUACAUCGUCAGCCUCUCGGUAGCAGAUCUGAUCGUGGGAGCCAUCGUCAUGCCCAUGAACAUCCUCUACCUCCUCAUGUCCAGGUGGUCCCUAGGGCACCCUCUCUGCCUCUUCUGGCUUUCCAUGGACUACGUGGCCAGCACAGCAUCCAUUUUCAGCGUCUUCAUCUUGUGCAUCGAUCGCUACCGCUCUGUCCGGCAGCCCCUCAAGUACCUGAAGUACCGCACCAAGACCCGAGCAUCGGCCACCAUCCUGGCGGCCUGGUUUCUCUCCUUCCUGUGGGUCAUUCCCAUCCUGGGCUGGCAUCGCUUCAUAUCGAAGCCCUUGCAGCACCGGGAGGGAAAGUGCGAGACAGACUUCUACGAUGUCACCUGGUUCAAGGUCAUGACCGCCAUCAUCAACUUCUACCUGCCCACCUUGCUCAUGCUCUGGUUCUAUGCCAAGAUCUACAAGACUGUGCGGCGGCACUGUCAGCACCGGGAGCUCAUCAACGGCUCCCUCCCUUCCUUUUCUGAAAUUAAGCCAAAGCCAGACAACCCCAAGGUGGGGACUAAGAAGCAGAGGAAAGAGUCUUCCUGGGAGGUUCUGAAAAGGAAGCCAAAAGAUGCUGGUGGUGGACCUGUUUUGAAGCCACCAUCCCAAGACCCAAAGGAGAUAAAAUCUCUAGGUGUCUCCAGCCCAGAGGACGGAGAACUGGACAAAUUCCAUUGCUUCUCUCUUAACGUUGUGCAGCCGCAGACUGAGGCAGAGGGGAGUGGUGGGGGCCAUGCGGCCGUCAAUCAGAGCCAGAGCCAGCUCGAGACAGAUGAGCAGGGCCUGAACAUGCAUGGGGUCACUGAGAUCUUAGAGGGUCAGAUCCUGGGUGACAGCCAGUCCUUCUCCCGGACAGACUCAGACACGCCCACAGAGCCAACACCCGGGAAAAGCAAAUCGAGAAGUGGGUCUAACACAGGCCUGGAUUAUAUCAAGUUCACUUGGAAGAGGCUCUGCUCGCAAUCGAGACAGUAUGUGUCUGGGUUGCACAUGAACCGGGAACGGAAGGCCGCUAAACAACUGGGCUUCAUCAUGGCAGCCUUCAUCCUUUGCUGGAUUCCUUACUUCAUCUUCUUCAUGGUCAUUGCCUUCUGCGAGAGCUGUUCUAACCAGCAUGUGCACAUGUUCACCAUCUGGCUGGGCUACCUCAACUCCACGCUGAACCCCCUCAUCUACCCUUUGUGCAAUGAGAACUUCAAGAAGACGUUCAAGAAAAUUCUGCACAUUCGCUCCUAAGGGAGGCUGCAAGGGGGUACAACCAAGUGAUGCUUACGAUGUCCCUGAAGGAAAUGGAGGGGGAAGGCCUGUGUGUGGCCGGCACCUGGCCUUUCUGGAGUCAAAAGAAUGGUCUUAGGGGCUGGGUAGUUUGGAAGUUCAGAGGCACCACUGGAAGAUCAGCAGAUGGCGGUGGUCAGCAGAGAGCGCAUACAAUGAGAGCAGAGUAUUUCCAAGAGAAUCGAAUCUGGAUGAGCUCUCCUGCUUCUUGGGAAAUGUGGGAGCCUCAGACUCUCAUUGUAAUGCAAGCUUUCAGACUCCAAUUAAUUGGCAACUGAAGGAACACGUGGGUAGAGUUCCGGUGGAGAAUUAGACAGAACUCUGGAGCCUCCGUGGAAUGGGGCUCUGUGACUGUGCAGAGACCUUACACAUGCGGAUAGAUGCUGCCUCCUGCCAGGGGUCUCCUGGAGAGCGUGACAGCUAUUCUACUGUGGCUGCCAGUUCUCGGAAUGCCUCUCUUCCGAGCCUCUUAAAAGAGACCCUGUGUCUGAACCACCUGGGAAAUUCUGCCUUAUUAUUUCUCACUCACGCACAUCUUAGAGCUGAUUGGAAGUUCUGCAGCUUGCAUGUCCAUCAUUUUCAAAGCCAAGUUCCUUUUAGUGAUUAAAAAAAAAAGGUUCAAAGCUGCCCUCAAAAGAAAGAGAAAAGGAAUUUUUUUUUCCACUGGCUGUUCAUUAAAAACAGAGAAAAGGGGGAAUGGGGAGAAGACAGCCAUACUUCUUAAGGGCUGUGCUGGGUUGAUCUCAUUUAAGUCCCACAACACCCCUCAACAGGAGGGUGGUGUUACUUGAGAAGCAGGUUGAAGUGCAGCAAGGUGCCUGAGGUCACAAAAGCUAGUUAUGUGAGAGCCAGAAUGCACAGUCUGUGGUUUCAGCUGAUCAUAACAUUUUCUCCAAAAGGCAAAAAUUUGUACUAUUAAGUACGUAUGUACACACACACAAUUCUCAAGAAUAUGUUGAGAGCAGAAACAGCUGACAUAGAAGAUGUCUCUGUGGCCCCAGAGGUGAUACUUUGGCAGGGACCGUGUGCGUUUUUACCUGUGAGUUCUGCUGUGUUUGUCCAAGAGAAGUCAUCCUGGCCUUUUAGAGUCACACCUCUUCAGUAAAAACUCGCAAAGGCAUGGGAACACACCGUUUUACUUGGUGUUUAUAUUGUAAUCUGGUUGUGAUUUAUAUUUUAAAACUUGAUGCUAAAUUAUAAUGUAUGUAACCAGUGGGAGUACCUGUACGAGUUGGUAUUUUACGUCUUGUGUUCCCAUCUGCAUGAUCUGUUAAAAUGAGAGACUUUUACCUACCUAAAAUAUAUUUGAAACUAUACUGUUACAAGUUUGAUUUAAUUUAUUUUUCCGAGUCUCUUGGACUGAGAAGAUACAUUGAAAUGUGGUGUCAACUGUUACAAGAUCUGAUACAGGUUUCUCUUUAGUUUCAGAUCACAUUUGUAAACGUCUUGAGUAAAGGACUAACUUUUUGUAACAAGUUCCACUCUCUAGUUUGAGCUCUCAAAACUCUUCUCCCUCAAAACUGGGGGAGCUAAGGAGACUUUUGUCCUGAUUUCGAAGCUGCAGGCAGUAUGUUUCCAGGUCAGAAACCUGGGAGAAUUGCUUCCAGGAUCCCUCAGGACCAAGGAGAACUUAAAAGGACCCGCUCGCACGGACAGGGGCUCAGUGCCAGCGGCUGAUGCUGAUGAAUGGUCGAGGCAGCUGGUGAAGAGAAGCGGUUACCGGCUCUGACUCCGGGUCAACGAGACCUGGAUUUGAGUCUGACAAGAACAGGAAAUGGCCAAUAUAAAUUGUCAGAGCCUAAAACACAAGCUGCAGUGCUGUGUACAGCAUUUACGGCGCUUGUAGAGUGAAUGGUACGCAGUGGGGCCUCAUAUGUGGUUUGAAAGUCCGCUGAGUGUGUACUGCGUGCCAGGCUCUGUCCUUCACCACUGUUAUCUCAUGGAAUCUUGACAGCAGCCUCCUGAAGCAGGUUUCUGGGUUUUUAUAAAUAGGCAAACUGAAGCACAGAGAGGUCAGCAAGGACAGGCUCCAAGAUCUGAUCCUGGGCGGGCUCCUUUUCCACAGUAUCAGCCCUCCCUUCCUACUCCUGCCUGUGUGGUUGGAUCUUGAAUUCAUGGAAGACAGUGGAUGAUGGUGCAGACAUACUCAGCCCUAGCCCACUUGGAAAAGAAUCAGCAGCUGAUGGCUUACACGAAAUCCAUUUGAAACCAGGCUCUCUGCCCUCAGUAUGAAAAUAAAUACCUUCUUGGAAAAGGCUGUCAGAGACCUUGAUUGUAGAUACAAACUUGCAGACUCAGAAGCCCCUUUGAGUUUCUUUUCAU